GACGCCGGCAGUUUGAGCAGCUCUCCCACAGACGCGCACCACUCGUGGAGCCCUGGGCAUAGGUGUCCAUGGUGCCUCCUGGUCCGUCGUCGCCGCCACUCCGCCCCGCGGGCGCCGCCAUCUCGCUCCGCCGGCAUCGCUCGGCCUUGGCUGUCCUGGGCAUGGAACAAGAUGGGGAUUGUGUUCGGUUUCUUGAGCCGAUAUAGCAGCUUACGGAUAGAGCCGAGCGGAAGCGCCGAGAGCGACAGAACGAGCCGAAGAAAGCAGCGCUACACGGGCGCGAGAGGAUGCCGUGGGAUGCAUUGGUAGGACAGGUGGCGGCAGAUCGGAUCGGGUAUGCAGGGAAGGAGUUUUGCAACCGGUCUCCACCCAAUUUUUUUCCGCGUCACCACUUGAAAUGAAAAAUGCCUCCACCAAGAGCACACCGAACAAGCAACUGCCCACACACCGCCACACGCCCACACAUACCCAGAACGAUACCUCCAAGGAGGUGAUGACGUUGAGCACCAUCGCCGCCUAGUUCCAGAUUGAGGGUUUCACCUGGGUGCACGGGAGAGAGAAGGGGGAUACUACCUUGACAUCACCUUCAAGGGGGGAAAUGUGCCCAAACCGUUGUCGGCGUCGUGGCCGCCACCGCCCGCCAAGGUAUUUCCCUUGUCCAUACCUCCCUAUUCCCCUAGCUAUCCGCUGGAUCCGGCCAAGUCCGAUGGGUGAAGAGAGCAGCACGCAUCGAAGAUGUCAUCUUCAGAUCUAGCACCGGAGGAACGCGGGGUACCCUACGCACCAUAACCUACACUCAUCGGGGUGACCCCCGGCACCAGCGCACACCACCCGCCGUCUGGUGGACACCGUCAUGUCUACCUGAGGCGCUGCCUCGGAGUCCAUACCCCUUGCCCCGAACAACGGAGUGGCCGAGAAACUUGCUGCCACCUUCACCGGCGGCCAACAGUGUCUACUACAGAAGAUGUCAAAAAAAAUCUACUACAGAAGAAAAAAAAAGACCAUGACUAAAAAGGAUAACAUCAUGUGAUUUACAUGACUUAAUCACCUAAUCUAUUAUUAUCCCUAAUCAACCUCUGCGCACAUCCAUCUAAAAACAUACUCCGGGGUGCGAGCAUGGAGGAGGCUGGGAGCGACGAUCGCAUCAGCGGCCUCUCCGACGACCUCCUGCGCGACGUCCUCCUCCGCCUCCGCUCGCUCCCCGCCGCCGCGCGCACCGGCAUCCUCUCCCGCCGCUGGCGCCACGUCUGGACCAGCAUCCCCGAGCUCGUCAUCGACGAGCUCCACGUGCCGGGCCGGCCGCCGAGCUCCUUCCUGCGCGCCGUGGAAGGCGCCCUCGCCGCCUACUCCGCCUCCAACGUCGACGUCGCCGCGCUCACCAUCGCCGUGCCCGACGUCAGGCUCUGCCGAAUCGAAGCUCGCCGCGUCUCCUCGUGGCUGCGCGUCGCCUCGGAGCGCGUCGCCGGCACGCUGUCCCUCGCCCUGCCCCGCUCCGAGCCCACCACCCACGGACAGGAAAUCGAGCUGCCCCCUUGCGGGAGGGCGACGGAGAUCGCGCUCUCCCUCGCGGGGGAGUUCGUGCUCCGGCUCCGGCCGGCGGCCUCGUUCGCUGCGCUCACCGUCCUGACGAUACAGUCGGCAGCCAUGGACGGGCGGGAGCUCGGGGCGUUCGUGUCGUCCAUGUGCCCGCGCCUGACGGACCUCACCCUGCGCGUCAACCUCGUGGCCUGCUCGGACGUCUCCAUCCGCUCCGCUUCCCUCAGGCGCCUAGAAUUCGGGGCCGGGUGCGCCCAGCGGCUCGGGGUCGCCGCCCCCAUGCUCGAAGUGCUGGUCGCGUCUUUCCUCCACCACGCCCACAUCUCGGCCCCGAGGCUCGCCGAGGCCAAGGUCCAGCGCCUGCACCGGCACCACUUCGCCGACGACGUGCCUCGUCGUCUCCGGCGGCUGGACAUCACGCAGCUGUACCUACACGCGGCGGCGCCCCCGAGGGCGCGGCGGUUCGAUGCGGUCGACGAGCUGAGACUGUCUGCCCUCAUUGGAAUGGAGGGAUACACUAGCUUCUUGGAUGAUGUAAACAAUCUUCCCGUGUGUCAGACCGUAUUAUCGGUAUCGUUAACGGGGGAUCACCACGGCUUUGUUCCAACCAUGCUGCAUCUCCUCAGGAGAAGCAACGCUAUAAGGAGGCUUGUGCUGGAGACAUACACUCAGACGAAAGACCCAUGCUCGACGGCUUGUCCAUGUCGCUUGCCGGAGAGUUACAGGGCCAACAAUAUGACCCUCGAUUCACUUGAAGAGAUAGAGAUCAAUACGUUCAUGGGAGCAGAUGACCAGGUGGAAUUUCUAGAGUUGCUAGUAUCCAGAUGCAGUGCAACAAGACCUAUAAAUGUGGUGCUCAACAAGUCGUACCUUGUUCCUUUACCAACCGAGAAAGUUUCCGAGAUGAUCCGCAGCAUUUCUCGUCCAAAUCUCAGAGUCGGAUUACACUAA